UAUUAAGGUGAGAGAGAGAGAGCCUUAGAGAGAGAGAGAGAGAGUUGGGGAGAGAUAAUGGAAUUUUGCAGGCAGAGAUAAAGGGCACGACUACUUUAUCAGUCAAAAAUAACCAAAGUGCCCUUGACUCGCCGCAGGCCUUCUGCAAGAAUUUGCGACUUCCCCCGUAUUCACAGAAGAAGUAGAAGAAGAAAAAAAGGGGGAGAGAGAGAAAAGAGAGAAAAGGAGGUGGAGCAACUGGUUGUAGUUUCUAGAGAGAGAGAGGAGAGAAAAAGGAGGUUGAGCUACUGUUUGGACUUUCUCUCACAAGAUGAACAACGGGCCAUCUGGGUUCCACAAUGCUCCUGUUACCAGAACAUUCGUUAUCGCAUGCACUAUCCUUACGAUUUUUAUUGGGAUGCAAGGUCGUUCUUCAUCGUUGGGUCUUGCAAACCAGGACAUUUUUAAAAAGCUUCGGUUAUGGAGGUUAAUUUCGUCUAUAUUUGCAUUUUCAUCUACUCCAGAGUUGAUGUUUGGAAUAUACCUGCUAUAUUACUUCCGGGUGUUUGAGAGACAAAUAGGCUCAAACAAAUACUCAGUCUUUAUCUUGUUAUCUGUCAUACUUACAGCACUGUUUGAGGCCAUUGCUCUGUUGCUGCUUAAAGAUCCCUCAGUAGGCAUACUGGCACCUGGACCUUACGGUCUGAUAUUUGCUUCUUUCAUCCCAUUUUACUUUGAUAUUCCGGUUACAACAAGGUUCCGUAUAUUUGGUAUUCACUUUUCAGACAAGUCCUUUAUAUAUCUCGCAGGGCUUCAGCUGCUUCUGUCAUCCUGGAAGAGAUCUCUCCUACCGGGCAUAUGUGGGGUUCUGGCUGGCAUAUCAUAUCGCCUCAAUGUUUUUGGUAUUCGCAGAAUAAAGUUCCCUGAAUUUGUUGCAUCCUUUUUCUCACGGCUAUCAUGGCCUUCAUCUUCAGCAUUGACUGGAAAUCCUACAGGAAAUGUACCUUCUCACACUGGUCGUCAAAUAGAGAGAAAUUAUGCUCCAGCUGUUGGCCUUGCAUCAGUAGUUGAGCCAGUGGAGGAUGCUGUUGCCACACUGGUGUCUAUGGGCUUCGACCAAAAUUCAGCGAGGCAAGCACUCGUGGAGGCUAGAAAUGACAUGAAUAUGGCUACUAAUAUUUUGCUCGAGGCCCAGUCUCAUUAGAGAUUCAGAGGCUCUUUCUGUUUUUUUCCAAGGAAAUGGGGGCUUAUUUUCAUUCAUGUGCAAAAGGUUGCAGCCCACCUGUAUGCGGGAGAUUGGCACAAUCUGCUUAGCUUGGAAGAUAUUUACUAGCUCUCUCUCUCUCUCUCUCUCUCUCUCUCUCAUAUUGGGUUUGAGAAUUGUUGAGAAAAUACUGACCCUCAUAUUGGGUUUGAGAAUUGUUGAGAAAAUACUGACCCGAAAAAUAUUACUGAGAUCCUGGUGAUAUUUUUUAUACUAUGUAGGGGUGGCCUGUAAAGUUUCUUUGAACAAAAAAUUGUGGACAGUGCUUGGUGCACAAAUUUGACUUGGGUGUUUUGGGGAUAGAUCUCUCUCUCAUAUUAGGUUUGAGAAUUGUUCAGAAAAUACUCACCUGGAAAAAUAUUACUGAGAUCCUGGUGAUAUUUAUGAUUCUAGGUAGGGGUGGCCUGUAAAGUUUCAUUGAACAAAAAAAUGUGCUGUGCUUAGUGCUGAAAUUCAACUUGGGUGUUUUGGGGA